AUGCCAGCGCGACAAGACUGGUUAACGCCGAAGCGCCCGGAAACGAGAAAAUCCAUGACUGGAAGACCGCGCAUGCCAACGGGAGGCUCAACCAGAGGCACAACUGUGGUCUGGGGCGAUUACGGUCUGAGGAUGAAAGAUCACGACCGGAGAGUGUCAGCAAAACAACUCAAAACCGGCGAAGAGACCAUACAUCGAAGACUGCGCGGAGAGCAUUACAAACUAUAUAAAAGAGUCAGUGCAAACAUCGGCGUCUACGUUAAGGGAAACGAUGUGCGUAUGGGCAAAGGAAAAGGAAAAUUCGACCAUUGGGCUGCCCGGAUACCUGUCAGCAGAAUCAUCUUCGAAGUCAAAGGCAAAAUUCACGAACAGGUGGUAAGAGACGCCUUCAGACUGGCUGGCAACAAACUGCCGGGCAUGUAUGAGUUUGUCAGGAAAGGCGACCCUCCUGUUGUUGGCAUCACGAAACUGGGCAACGGAGUAACCCUGGAGAAGCUCAAGGAGGCCAAAAGAGAAGUGGAACCUCAGAAUAAAACGGAGGAGCCACAACUGAUGACACCGCCCGUGGCGAAUACGCCCCAGCAAACAGUUUCCACCUAG